AUGAAGAGUUGGCUCGGUGUUCGGUCUGUGGCCGUUUUGGGCGCAGGCCUCCUGCAGCUUGCUAAUGCGCAUAACGCGGAGUGUCCUCAUCCCGCGGAGAUCGUGAUACACCACCCAGCGGAAUAUGUCUGUUGUGGUAAAACUACUUCUACUAUGUAUACUCAGACCACGAUGGAAUGCUCAGGAGUCCCAGCCUACGUGACGCCUGGAGUUCCCAUCCCAGCAGGAAAUUGUGUGACCACUACAAAGUCGUGGGACGGCCCUACGACUGAGACGGUCACGAUUCCUCCUUCUGGCUGGGGCCCAACUACCAAGAUUGUGAAAAUCCCAGGAUGGAGCCCUGACUGCGUCACGACUACUAUGUCCUGGACUGGCACUACGACUAAGACGGUGACAAUUCCCCCCGCUCACAGUAAAGGGCCAAGCACCGUCGUCGUAAAGACUCCUUGCGAUGAAUCUGGAUAUGUUACCAAAACUGCACCCUGGGCCGGAAGUACUGCUACUACUUUCACCGUCCCCCCUCACAAAGGCGAGCCUGGCGCUGUUGUGAUCAAGACGCCUCAUAGCGGAUAUGUCACCAAGACUGUUCCUUGGGGCGGCAGCAAAACAGUCACAUAUACUGUGCCUCCCAAAGGAACUGAUUGCGGCGAAGUGAUCAUAAAGAAUCCUGUCAAGUAUAUUACAGAGACGAUUUAUUGGACUGGUACCAAGACGGAGACGUACACCAUACCGGGCUUUGGAACUAGACCUGGUACUGUUGUCAUAAAGGUGCCUGCUUUGGCUACCUACGGAGAUAAGCCCGUCACUUCGUCGAAACACCAUAAUUCGUACAAGCCAACUUCUCCGCAUGAGACUCAUUCGUCGAGACCGACAUCUUCGCAUCAUACUGGCUGUCUCUACAUCACAUGGAUCUACUUCCUUCAGAACCGAAACUCAGAAGCCAUCAUCGUCGCACGGAAUUUCCUCAUCUCAUAG